GAAACAAUUGGAACUUUGACGCCGGAUUAGCGGGGAUUGUACACUCGAGUCGCUCUAAGCUUGUCUAAAUUUUCUUUGAAUAAAACUUGAUUUUAUAAUUGGAAAUCGUAUCGUUUCCUUUAAAAAAUGAGUAAAGCUCAUCCUCCAGAAUUGAAAAAAUAUAUGGAUAAGAAAUUAUCAUUAAAAUUGAACGGAGGUCGAUUGGUUAUGGGUAUCUUACGAGGUUUCGAUCCAUUCAUGAACAUGGUAAUCGAUGAGAGCAUCGAAGAGUGUAAAGAUGGUACGAAAAACAAUAUUGGAAUGGUGGUAAUACGGGGUAACAGUGUAAUCAUGUUAGAAGCCCUGGAUCGGAUAUAGUUAAUAUUAUAAUUAGUAUGUAAGGUAUUUAUAAGGUUGACUAUUAUAAUUGUUUAAUAGUUCAAAUAUCCGCUCCACCUUUUCUGAAACCAUUGUGAGAAAUAAUGAAACUGUUUAUGAAUUCAUAUUUGUUUUUCAAUAAUAUAAUUCACUUAAUUAAGUGAAAAUCGAAUCUACAUGUUUUAAUGUACAAUGAAUGAUAUAAAUAAAUAAUAUGUAUAUUAUA